AUGCCGGUGGAAGAAAAGGAGAGGAAAGAACGAAGCGAUCGUAUAGUCCUACAGCCGACUCGAUAUUCUGCUGCCGGUCAUCCAUGCGAGCACUUAGUAACCUCUUUCAAUCAGUUCCUUAGUGGGAACACUGACUCUAACAACCAACACGAGCUGAACACCGUACUGGUGCAUCCUGUUGAUCUGUUCAAAUAUCAUCAAAUGUCGGAACACAUCAAGAAGAUCACUGAGGAUUUAGAAAAGCAGUCUUCCGACAAGAAGGAAUGA